AUCAGUUUUGACCCCGUUAUCCAUUAAUCCUACCUCCCGGUCUCCUUCUCUGAAUCUGAUUCUACACAAUCUGAAUUUUCUUCAUCUUUCUCACUCUAAAAAAGUUCAGAGACAAAAGGCAAAAGAAGGUAAGGCAAAAGAUGGCAGCUUUUACUGCAUCAGGCAAAUAUUUGAUGAGAUUCCAUCACCUCAACAAUACCCUCAAACCCGUCAUCAUCCAUCCCAUCCCGACUGUGUCCUUCUCUUCAUUUUCAAGGCCACUGCAGGCUAUAAAUUCAGAAGGGGCAAGAGAAUCGGCAAAUCGAAUGCGUGACAAUGCAAGCAUAAAAAUGCAAAACAAGGCCGAAGACAUGAAAGAUAAGACGACAUCCACAGUUGAGCAGGUGGCUGAUAAGACAAAGGAAGUUGCAAGUAAGGUUACAGAGACAGCCCAAGAUUUGGGAGAAAAGGCCAAGCAAACUGUGCAAGAUGCAUGGGGAGCUGCAAAGGAAACCACACAAAAUUUGAAGGAAACCAUUGUUGGAAAAGCUGAUGAAGUGAAAGAAACUGUUAAAGAUAAAGGUGAAUCACUUAGGGAUACCAUGAACCAGAAGAAUUGAUUUUGGGUUGCUUAACUUUUAGUAGUUUCACUUAGGCAUGCCAUGAACAAGAAGAACUGACAUUGGGUUGUUUAAAUUUUCUUAGUUUCUUAAUAAAAAAUUAAUCCCCUGACAAGAGGCACUUGGAAUUCAGUGCCCUGGCGUGGGGUUUUUUGUAUUGCUGUUUUGAUUAUUGUAUGUGGUUCCUUUUGUUUUGAAUAUGUAAAAGUAUUGGGUCGACAGCAUGUAUGUUAAUAAAUUAUAUUUUUGGGUUUCUUUCUUUUCUUUUCCAUUUCGAUAGAUGAAUUGAUGUGGAUGAAUUGCAUAAAUAAUAAGCGGAAUUAUGGA